CGGCGCCUGGCCGCCAUGGGCCGCCGCGCGCGCGACCGCAGGCGGCAGCAGCAGCAGCAGCAGCAGCAGCGGCAGCGGCAGGAGCGAGGCGGUGACAGCGGCGGCGGUGGCGGCGGCGGGGACCAGGCGGGCUGGGCCGGCGGCUACCCCGAGAUCGUGAAGGAGAAUGAGCUGUUCGAGCGGUACUACCGGGAGCUGGGCAUCGUGCCCGACGGAGAGUGGGGAGACUUCAUGGCGGCGCUGAGGGAGCCGCUGCCCGCCACGCUGCGCAUCACCGGCUACCGCAGCCACGCCAGAGAGAUUCUCCACUGCUUAAAGGAAAAGUACUUCAAGGAGCUGGAGGACCUGGAAGUGGAUGGCCAGAAAGUCGAAAUGCCGCAGGCACUGAGCUGGUAUCCAGAAGAGCUAGCCUGGCACACCAACCUGAGCAGAAAAAUCUUGCGCAAGUCACCACAGCUGGAGAAGUUUCAUCAGUUUCUGGUUAGCGAGACAGAAUGUGGAAAUAUCAGUCGACAGGAGGCUGUUAGUAUGAUCCCACCUCUGCUGCUUAAUGUUAACCCUCAUCAUAAGAUUCUAGAUAUGUGUGCUGCACCUGGAUCUAAGACUGCCCAACUGAUUGAAAUGCUACAUGCAGACAUGAAUGAUCCUUUUCCCAAGGGUUUUGUAAUUGCUAAUGAUGUCGACAACAAGCGCUGCUAUUUGCUGGUUCAUCAGGCUAAGAGGUUAAACAGUCCAUGCAUCAUGGUGGUAAAUCAUGAUGCCUCCAGCAUUCCUAAUCUACAAAUAGAUGUUGAUGGAAGAAAAGAGGUCCUCUUCUAUGACAGGAUUUUAUGUGACGUCCCCUGCAGUGGAGAUGGAACUAUGAGGAAAAACAUUGAUGUAUGGAAGAAGUGGACGACACAAAACAGUUUGCAGCUCCAUGGAUUGCAGUUAAGAAUUGCAACCCGUGGUGUUGAACAGCUGGCAGAAGGUGGGAGAAUGGUGUAUUCCACGUGUUCGUUGAACCCCAUUGAAAAUGAAGCUGUGAUUGCAUCUCUGCUGGAAAAGAGCCAAGGUGCCUUAGAACUUGCCGAUGUCUCUUCUGAGUUACCAGGUUUGAAGAGGAUGCCAGGAGUUACAAAAUGGAAGGUAAUGCUGAAAGAUGGACAGUGGCUUGAAGAGUGGAAAGAUGUGCCUUCAAAUAGACAAACACAAAUACGUCCCACUAUGUUUCCUGUAAAAGAUGAAGAGAAGCUGAAAGCAAUGAAUCUAGAGCGUUGUCUUAGGAUAUUGCCACAUCAUCAGAACACAGGAGGUUUCUUUGUGGCUGUGUUAAUAAAAAAAUCACCAAUGCCUUGGAAUAAACGCCAGCCUAAGGCUCAUCAGAAAUUACCACAAAGAACAGGAGAUGCUGAAGUGACAGCAGCCAAUUCAGAUAAUGGUUCUGAACAUAUUACUGAAGAACUAACACCUGAUGAAAAUGAAGAGUCUAAGAAAAAGCAAGAAUUGCAGAAUUCAGACACUGAACAAAGCAAAAAGGAAGGAGUAUGUGGACCACCACCAUCUAAAAAAAUGAAAUUGUUUGGUUUUAAAGAAGACCCUUUUGUGUUUCUCCCUGAAGAUGAUCCAUUGUUCCUUCCUAUCCAGAAGUUUUAUGCAUUGGACCCAUCAUUUCCCAAGAUGAAUUUACUAACCCGAACUCAAGAAGGAAAGAAGAGACAGCUGUACAUGGUUUCUAAGGAGCUAAGGAAUGUGCUUCUGAACAACAGUGAGAAGAUGAAGGUUAUUAACACAGGGAUAAAAGUCUGGUCUCGCAACACUGAUGGGGAACAGUUUGGAUGUGCGUUCAGAUUAGCACAAGAGGGAAUUUAUACUCUGUACCCAUUCAUUCAUGCAAGGAUUAUAAAUGUCUGCAUAGAAGAUGUUAAAAUUCUGCUAACCCAGGAAAAUCCAUUCUUAAGUAAAUUUAGCAGUGAAACACAGAAGAAAGUCAAAGACAUGGCAAUGGGAAGUAUAGUUCUGAAGUACGACCCAGACCCUGCGAAACCUGAUGAUCUUCAGUGCCCUAUACUGCUGUGUGGUUGGCAAGGGAAGACAUCACUCCGUGCCUUUGUGCCCAGGAAUGAGAGACUUCACUACCUGAGGAUGAUGGGAGUUGAAGUGUUUAAAGCAAAGAGGAAAGAUGAGGAAUCGAAAAGUAAAGCAGAGGAAGAACUUCAACAUAGGCUGGCACAAACAGAGGAAGGAAUGGAUGUAGAAGACAAAGAACAUGAUUUAGUCACAAAAAUGGAAGCAGAAAUAGGUGAAGAAUCUUCCCACAGUCCUGUGGAAAACAGUGCUAUGGAAGUAGAAAAUAAAAUCGAGGAUUUAGGUCAAUCUGGUAAAAAUGCCAAUAGUCAUGUAAUUCAGGAAAGCAAAGACACAGAGAGGAGUAAUGUGAAAGAUUAGGUUUCUUUCUCUGUUACUUGGCAGCUUCUGUGAGGCUGACAUCCAGACUUGUGCUUUUAGCAUGGAAGUGUAUUUUAAAAUUUCAUUCGGAAUGGGAUGUUCCUCUUUUAAAGUUCCACCUAUUUUAUUUUUUAAGCGAAUACUGUAUAUAAAGAUAUUUCUUUUCAA